AUGCUACAUCUUGUCACCAUGGAGAUAUUACUUCGUGCCAAGUGUUUUCAGCAACUAGUAACCCCUGGUUCUAUAAGAGCACUACAUAAAGCUUACAGAGCAAUGACUCCUCAGAAUUUCUCCAAUUAUGAAUCUAUGAAGCAAGAGUUCAAACUGGAGAUUCCAGAAUAUUUCAACUUUGCCAACAAUGUUCUGGAUCAGUGGACCAAUGUAGAAAAGGCUGGAAAGAGGCCUUCCAUUCCAGCCUUCUGGUGGAUACAUGGAAAUGGAGAAGAGGUGAGAUGGAGUUUUGAGGAACUGGGAUCUUUGUCCAGGAAAUUUGCCAAUAUACUUACAGAAGCCUGUGCCCUGCAAAGGGGAGAUCGAGUAAUUGUAAUUCUCCCCAGGAUCCCAGAGUGGUGGCUUGCAAAUCUGGCCUGUCUCCGAACAGGGACAGUUUUAAUUACCGGAACCACUCAACUGACCCAGAAAGACAUCCUCUACAGAUUACAAUCAUCCAAAGCCAAGUGCAUUAUUACAAAUGAUGUUUUAGCCCCAGCUGUAGAUGCUAUUGCACCUAAAUGUGAAAAUCUGCGCUCCAAGCUAAUUGUAUCUCAGAACCCCAGAGAGGGGUGGGUGAACCUCAAGGAGAUGAUGAAACAUGCCAGUGACAACCACACCUGUGUGAAGACAAAACACAAUGAGACAAUGGCCAUUUACUUUACCAGUGGGACAAGCGGAUCUCCUAAAAUGACUGAACACACCCACAGCAGUUUUGGAAUAGGACUGUCUGUAAAUGGAAGGUUCUGGCUGGAUUUGACACCCUCAGAUGUGAUGUGGAAUACCUCAGACACAGGCUGGGCAAAGUCUGCAUGGAGUAGUGUCUUUUCUCCAUGGAGCCAGGGAGCGUGUGUAUUUGCACAUUAUUUGCCACGUUUUGAGCCAACUUCUAUCUUGCAAACACUCUCCAAGUUUCCCAUCACCGUAUUUUGUUCAGCUCCAACUGCAUACCGAAUGCUCGUACAGAGUCGUAAGAGUGGCUAUAACUUCAAAAGCUUAAAGCACUGUGUGAGUGCUGGAGAACCGAUCAACCCUGAAGUGACCGAACAAUGGAGAAACAGGACGGGCCUGGAUAUCUAUGAAGGAUACGGACAGACUGAAACAGUGCUAAUCUGUGCAAAUUUUAAGGGAAUGAAAAUUAAGCCUGGUUCAAUGGGAAAGCCUUCUCCUGCUUUUGAUGUUAAGAUUUUAGAUGUAAAUGGCAAUGUUCUACCUCCUGGACAAGAAGGAGAUAUUGGAAUUCAAGUUCAACCUAAGCGACCACUUGGCCUUUUUACUCGCUAUGUAGUAGUAAAGGCUUUUAUUGUUCUGAACCCUGAUUACAAGUCAUGUGACCAAGAACAAUUAAAAAAGGAGAUUCAGGAGCAUGUAAAAAAGACUACAGCACCUUACAAAUAUCCCAGAAAGGUAGAAUUUAUACAAGAGCUGCCAAAGACUGUCAGUGGGAAGAUAAAAAGAAAUGAACUGAGAAAAAAAGAAUGGGAAAAAAUUUAA